UAUUUUAAACUAAAAUCUGUUGAAUGUUCAUCUUCCACAGACAGUGAGGAACGAACUAGGGCUCGUCCCUGGGAUUAUGGUAAACGUGAAAAAUGGCGACGUCCAAGCUGAAAUUAAAGCAGGGUCCUUUGGAUGUGUGGUCGGUAAGAGAGAGACUCUCAUUGGCCAGUUCAGUUUUGCGAAAUGGAGAUCAAAACUGGGUCUCAGUUAGCCGAGCAAUUAAACCAUUUGGGGAAAGUGACAGACCACCGGAUUGGUUUUCACAGAAGAAUUGUGCCUCGCAGUACUCAGAACUCCUUGAGAAAGUUGAAACACCAAAACGAAAACGUGGUGACAGGGGUGAAAUAGAGACACCAGGCAAUCAGAUCAUCAGGAAACUGACCAUAGAAAGAAUAGAGGAGCUGAAGAAAAUGGUGUUAGAGGAGCAACACAAGUACAAGAAAUUAAAAAAGGAAGUGGAAAUGAUCAAGACUGGGCAGUGGGAUGACAAACUUCCAGAAGUCUGGGCCAAUAUGCAGGCAGAGAAAGCAGCAGCUGCCGAAGUGAAGAAAGCUGCUACACCGAAGAAGUCUGAGACAGUCACAUCAUCCAGUGAUGCCAGCCAAGGCAUUCGACCAAAGAAGUUGAUUAUCUCCCCUCCCAGUGUGUCUGAACCUGACGACAGUACACUGGAAUCGGUCAUGGACAUGUCUAAUGAUGAGGACAGUAACCAGACCAUACCAGGGACGUCUGCGGCUGAGGGGAACCUGUCUGAGCAGGUAGAUGUCACAUCCCCCCAGGUUCACCCUCUCACCAUCCCUGGGGCAUUGACCAAGCUGCAGGCUAUCCCCGUCACCCCUGUGCCCUCAUUCCAGGCCACCCCAGGGGGAGGGGCCACCACCUUGACCCCACCAUCACUCCAGCAGACCAGCCCACAGACCAACUUGGCUGGACGAGCCAGCAGGACCACGCCCCCCUCCUCGCCACUUCUCUCAUCUCUGCUCAAAAGCAAGCAUCACUCUGCAGAGAUGCUUCAGCAGAUGAAAACGGAAGUUGAGCAAGGACAAGCUUCCCAGGCUCUUGCUCAAACUUUAGUGGUGUCCCCUCCUGUGGCCCACCAAUCAACACCUGUAGAUUUACCAGCCAGUCAGAACAAGGAUGCCAAAAAGCUACCCUCGCCAUUCAAAAUGAUUGUUUCUCAAGCUGAUGGUCUGUCCUCUUCAUCAGGGGCACCAACUCUUUCCAAGUUACUGGCAGUUCCAGUUAUGGCUAAGAGUGCUCUGACAGCUCAUGCUGGUGUCACUGUCACUCAAUCAAUCAAAAACAUGAUCGUGGAAACAGAUCAGACUAAACAGGAAGCUGUUCCCCAGGCUGUAGCAGAAGUUGUCCUGACUACUGCUCCACCUAGUGAGCAAAUGAAACAGUCAUCAGAGUUGCCUGCACCUUCCCAGACAAUCCCUACAACAGAUUCUAAGACAGAGAUUAAACAGGAAGUGCAUGUAGCUGAUGUGAAACUAGUGGAUGUGGACAAUGAGAAGUUGACCCCUGUACAGACCAGCACAAAGCUGGAAGUGAACAACGAAGCCGGUACAGAGGUAGAGAGUCAGCCAGGAGAAUCCCGGAGUCAGAUAGCAGAGGAAAGCGAGAGUCAGUCAACACUGGUUCCUGAGGAUGAAGUGACCAUAAAGGAGGAGCCUCUGUCACCUUCAAGCAGCGUGUCCUCACGAGUCAGCGAAACUGGUGCCACCAAGACCACGCGCAGGAGGAGAAAAGGAAGAAGAUCUAAAGGAGGCAGAAGAAGCACCCGGCUGACUAGAAAGCAGGAGGAGGAGAAAAAGGAUAAGGAUGAUGCCAGCAGCAAACCCAGUGAUGGGGAAACUUCAGAUGAAGAACGAGAGAGUGAUGGGUCUGUGAUGGCCUCUAAGAUGACCCCCAUCAAUACCACGCCCUCAGCCUUCUCAGAGUCCAUCCCCAACAGCCCUCUGUCACAGUGUAGUGACACAGAAGACGAGAGGGCAUAUAAGAGCUGGAAGAAAUCAAUCAUGUUGGUCUGGAGAGCUGCAUCCACUCACAAAUAUGCAUCUUUAUUCCUCCAUCCAGUUACCAAUGACAUAGCACCAGGAUACCACAGUAUUGUGCACAGACCAAUGGACCUGAGUGUGAUAAAGAAGAACAUAGAGACGGGGAUGUUGCGUACAACAGUGGAGUUUCAGCGAGACAUGAUGUUAAUGUUUACAAACGCAAUAAUGUACAACAGCUCUGACCAUAACGUGUAUAGGAUGGCUGUGGAAAUGUACAAUGAUGUACUCCAGCAUAUUGAGCAAUAUGUAAGCACCCAGCUGAUGGUUCAGACCAAUGAGGCCAAAAUACUCCGAGCAUCAAGAAGACCAGACAUUGCUGAGAAGGAGGAAGAGGCCAAGAAGAGGCGAACAUCAGCUGAUCAACAAGAUGGAGGGAAGAGCAAGAAGCGAAAGCCCUGAACUAAACCUGGGGAUGUGAAUAGAUCAGUGUGUUAGACUACAAGGUGUCACAUGCCCUGUGAUGACCACAUCAUGUUGCUGUUUGUGUUUUCAGCUGUCUGGUUUACAUCGUGCCAGACUGGAAAAACUUAUGCAGAACCAACAUCUCCAGCCAAUCUUACUGCUGCAGUGUUUCCUGGAAGAUUCCAUCGUCGAUCCAGUAUACGAGGCCUGUCCAGUGCUAGGAUGGUGGCCAGGGGUAACCAGGGGCCAUUACAUACAUUCUGUAGUACAGUACAGAAAUACAGGGAUUAGAGUGAAUACAUCUUGUUAUCCUCGCGUGAAAUUGAUAUAGGUGCAGUCAUGUUACAUACCACACCUGAAGCUAACAUUUUACAAUUGUCACUAAACAGCCAAAAUAUAUCUGCAGCAUUGCGUAUUGAAAUGGUCAUUGCAGAGACUUUUCAUCUCGUCAGUGUCAGUAAAAUAUUUGCACAGAAAACGUAUUCAGUCCGUUUCACAGGGGUAUUCCUACUUGAAACAUGGACACAUUUUUUGGUGUGAGUAAAGUGUUAAUACGUGUAUGUGAAUAGGAAUCAUUCCUCUUUAAUGGCCCAAUCUUUCCCACUGUCACCAAUAUGGGGUCUCGUGUGGAAUACCAGUUGGCUGUAAUACCAUGGGCAACGUGGGACCCCAGUUUGAAUAGCAUUCUGCUUGACCAAGGCUAGCUGAUAUAUGAAUUGCGAGACAAGUGAUAUUUUACACCUCACAAGGAUAGCUUGGCAGGAACAAGAACCCAGUCUGUAACCAGUGCUUGAGCGGGAUAUUCUAACUGUACAACGAUGUAGUUAUGAGCACUCAUCCACUUUUACCUGCCAGAGGUAAUAAUCAGUCAGAUUUAUUACAGCAGUGUUUAAAUUACUAGGGGAGUGGGGGAUUGGUUUGCACUGACAUUCAUGUUAAAAUAUACAUUUCAAGUGAUACAUUUUUGUUUGCAGAUCCUCACGUCAACUGGGAAAAUUGUUAAUUUUGGAUCCGGAUUAGUGUUACAGUCAAUAAACAUUUGUACAUGUAUAUGUAGGCAGUUUGAGGACUCCAAUGCAUACAUGCAGAUUUAGCAGCUUUGUCCUGUACAACAUUUCAGCCAUUCUUAUUGAAUCUUCACACCUUUUUUAUCUGUGAAGAGAUGAUAGUGUAUGUUGCCUUAAUUCCCUGUAAAAAAAAAAAAAUCUACUCCUGGAUGCUUGGCUUUUCUUAAUCCAUCAGUGACACCUUGUGUAUGUUGAUAGCCUUUGAGCCUCAAUACAUGCAUUAAAACAGUGAAAUAUUAAUUUUUUGUUUGAGUGAGUAUUUUAAGGUUCGUACAUGUACAUACAUACAUGUAUUGUCAUCUACCAGAGGCAUUUUGCAUGUUUGACAUGUUCUGUGUUAGGUGUAA